CUGGCGCACGCGCGAAAAAAACAAAGCUUGGAUGAAGAGAAGAAAGACGAUGGAAGAGAAAUAUUUCUCCUCUUAAAGGUAACUUCUGAAUCCAAGCUAUUAAGGCAGUGACAAAAAGAGUGAGCAGGGUUGAAGCAGAGACCCCCUCUGCCCUGGUGGUGACAGUAUCCAGCUUUGUCCACCUGGCUUUGCUCCCAGCUGUCUGUGCACCAUGGGCACUGCGUUAAGCCUUUCACCCAGUUAUAGGAAAGCCACCCUCUCUGAGGAUGGUUUGACCACAGUGGCGCAUUACACCGCAGUCCAGAACAGUAAGAAUGUGAAGGAUAAGAGCCUGAGGCGCCACUCUAUCAUUUCAGUGCUGCCUUGGAAGCGCAUUGCAGCUGUAUCUGCCAAAAAGAAAAACUCCAAGAAGCUGCAGCCCAAUAGCAGUUAUGAAAACAACAUAACAUACCUCAACAAUGAGAACCUCAAGAAAUCUCUCUCCUGUGCCAAUCUCUCCACCUUUGCUCAGAACCAGGGCAAUCAGCCUACAGUUCCAAGCCACCAGAUUUCCAGCUCCAAGGGCAUCCUUUCUUCUGUCAAGAACUGCCCCCACCCCAGCUGCAACUCAUCUGGCACCCCCAAGAGGGUUCUUGUUCAAGCUUCAACCAGUGAGUUACUACGAUGUUUGGGGGCAUUCCUCUGUAGACGCUGCUACAGGCUGAAGCACCUUUCCCCCACUGACCCAGUCUUGUGGCUUAGAAGUGUGGAUCGGUCUCUCCUUCUGCAAGGCUGGCAAGACCAAGGCUUCAUCACACCAGCCAAUGUGGUCUUUCUGUACAUGCUUUGCCGGGAUGUCAUUUCGUCUGAAGUAGCCACGGACCAUGAUCUUCAGGCUGUCUUACUUACCUGCCUCUAUCUCUCCUAUUCUUAUAUGGGCAAUGAGAUUUCCUAUCCUCUCAAGCCCUUCUUAGUGGAGAGCUGUAAAGAGGCAUUUUGGGAUCGUUGCCUCUCCAUCAUCAACUUCAUGAGUUCCAAAAUGUUGCAGGUCAAUGCUGACCCACAUUAUUUCACUCAGGUCUUUGCUGACUUGAAGAACGAGAGCAGUCAAGAAGAGAAGAACAGGCUGCUCAUUGGCCUGGAUCGGUGAGCUAAAACUCCUUGUCAUUUACACGAAAGGGAACUGUCCAUUUAUCUUGUUUUAUGUUUUUUUCUUUUUCAAACAAGCCAGGACACAUAGGUGAGAGUGAACAGGCCUGAAAUAAAUCAGCCACCCGCUAGCUUGGCUUUUAUGAAUCAAAACAGAAGAGAUUAAUGUGUGUUGCCUGUUCGGUUUCAGUUUUGCUGCAUGUGAUAGAUAUGGCUUCUUUUCCAGAUUGUAAACCAGGAGAGGGCAAAAUAGAGUGGAGAAGCAAUUACUGCAAAACAAGACCAUGGCAUCCUUUCACCUUUUGCUUUGGCCUAAACAGUUUGUGAAUUGGGGUGAAUGAGCUUGCAGGAUUUACUACUACAAGUGGAAGGCAGUGAAGGAGAAUAAUAUUUACAGUUGUUAAGAAGAAAGAGACCAGAUCUAGUGGAUGUUCUAGCACCUGGUAUUCCAGAAAAGGGAUCAAAGAAUGGGUUUUUAAAAAAUAAUGUAAAUUUUACUACUUUGUACACCAUUUUGAACAAAAUUACAACUGCACAGUACUGGCCUCCAAAAUGGACUCUUACUCCAUUAUAGAGUGAUUAUAUUGAGAAACACAAGAGGGUAAGGAAAAGUCAGAAAUAUAUAGGAGGCAUAUGUGAUUUUGUGUAUGUUAUCACCUGUUGCACUCAUUUCAUUGGGGGCCUUUGACCUAGGCUACAUAGGGUUUUCUCUAAACAUCAGUGUCAAAGGGUAAAGAUGAGAUUUCAGAAUUCUUUCCUGCUAAGGAAAGAACUAUAGGAGUUAAUACGGACUGGAAGGUGAGAUUCAAGAUAGCCCCAGGGGACAGAUACUAGUCAGCUGGUAUUAAUUUGCUGGCAAGUGAUGUAUAUUGGUAUUUGGUCAGAAAUUGUUAAUUCUUUGGGGCUUUGUAUUAUCUGCAUAAUAUAACUGCUGUUUCAAACAGACUGAAUUUGAGUCCCUUGAAGUUUUUCUGAGUAGCUGCUAUAAAGUUCCCUAAUCCAGUUAUUUAUUGAAAAAUGUUAGGAUCAUGUUAUCACAUAAGAAUUUGGUGCUGAAUUUCAGUGUAGAAAUGCUUUUUUCUUCUAAGGGGUUUCUUCUAAGGCAGCCCCACUCAGGAGGGUAAAGU